AAUGGCUUACUAUGAUGAGGCAUGACUGUACAAUUGUACGUCCCACUACAUACUUCUGUACACGUGCGCAUUCUUCAUUUCAGUUUUCGGAAAACGCUGGAGUUAAAGUGUGUUCUGUGCUUUACAUAUUUCGAAGUUUUCAUGUAAACAUUGAGUGAUUGGUGUCUGAAGCGUAAAUCGUUUGACUUCGGAUAGCAAGAAACAGAGAAAGGUUAUGACACUGUCCCCGUGUGCGCCGUCCUAGGAAGUUCGUUUAGUAUAAUUCGUAGUCGAGGUACGGAUUUAAUAAUGCAGGAAAUCGUCCUGGCAGCCUUCUCCGUGAUAUCGAGUCUGCUCAUAGUAUUUGGCCUGGUGCUGCUGGGUUGGUAUUUAGUUUGGAAGUUUUUCCUUUCAAGAUUACCCUUUGUCCAAGAACUGCUGGAUGGGAUGACUGAAUCUUCGUCAGUGAAUGAUUUAAAAAAUGGUAGAUCACGUAUAAAGAAAAUUCGCCGAGAUUAAAGCUUCGCUUGAAAUUUUAAGAAGAAACAGGCAACACCUAAGAUACUGUUUAGUUAAAGAAGAGUGUUAUUUGUGUAUCCAUAACAUUUUCAUUUGCAAAGAUGUCUAUAAACAUACGCUGUGCAACGACAGAUGAUUUGCUGAACAUACAGCAUUGUAAUUUGCAUUGUUUACCUGAGAAUUAUCAAAUGAAGUAUUAUUUGUAUCACGCUCUUUCUUGGCCACAACUAAGUUAUGUGGCAGAGGAUGAAAAAGGCAGGAUAGUGGGCUAUGUCCUUGCCAAAAUGGAAGAAGACUGCGAGGACAAUCCUCAUGGUCAUAUUACAAGUUUGGCAGUGAAACGAUCUCACAGAAGACUUGGUAUUGCGCAAAAGCUUAUGAACCAGGCCUCCAGGGCAAUGGUAGAAUGCUUUGGAGCAAAAUAUGUGUCGCUACAUGUACGUAGAAGUAAUAGAGCAGCUUUAAAUUUAUACACAAGCAGUCUACAGUUUGAAGUGUCAGAAGUGGAACCUAAAUACUAUGCGGAUGGAGAAGACGCUUAUGCCAUGAAACGAGAUCUCAGCAGUUUUCACAUGGAAAAAAAUGCUUCAAAAGAGAAAAUGAGCAAAGAUGGCAAUACGCACACGCAUACCGGACGAUGCUGCGACCGUUAAUCAUUUGUUUUGAAUAUUUACGUACAGAUAGAUUUUAAAUGAUUUUUUGCAUUAUUAGUUCCAUACUGUUUGGACCUAAAAUCUGUGACAUUUGUGCAUAUUUUUGUAAAUAAAUAUGCAUGGGAAAUACGUGGAAAAUACCGUAAGUCAAGCAUGAUGGCUUGAAUGUUUGACAUGUACAUUAUCACAAGAACUUUACAAAUACUGGGUAAAGUAUUUAAGUUUAUUCAAGCCUUACCUGAAACAUAUGAAAUAUUCUAUAUACCGCUAAUAAGGGGUGUAUUUGUUAAUACUUACGCAGGUGGUUACAUGAGAGACAUUUGAACUAUUGUAUGUACUUCCAUACAAAUUUAGUUGGAAGUUUCUAAUAAAUGUAUCAUUGCAUAUAAUUUAAUUGACAUACCGUGUUAUUUAAAAAACCUCGAAAAAUAAUAAAACAAUAAAAUCAUUAAA